AUGCCUGUCUGUCCCACUUGCCAAGAAACCAUCCCCAGCAAAAAGGACUAUAGCACCCACACCAAGAAGUGUUUCCAAGAGACUACCAUCCAUCUGGCUGAUACUAACCAAACCAUCCAUUUGAAAAGAGAGGAGAAUGGCAACUUCAUUUGUCAUUGCUCUCACAGGAGUUGUCCAAGGCCAUUCAAGUAUGCUAACAGUCUCAGGGUUCAUAUCCAGAGGGCUGGAACUAGGUGGAUGGGACCUGGGAUUAAGGACAACUCACCCAUGCAACAAAAACUUGACUUUCCCCAUGGACCAGGUGUUGAAGCUGGGUCCAGCAAAGGAAGGGCAAGCAUUGACUUGACCCAUGGACAAGGUCCUGAACCUCAACCCAGCAAGGCAAAAAGAAGCAUGGAGCAUGCAAAGGAUAAUGUGUUCAUCCCAGGUGCUGGUCCUAGCAUGAGCAGGGCCAUCAUGGACUUGGAGGACCAUGAUAGCAUUGAGGAUUACACAGAUGAGAUAUCCCAUGAUUUGGGUAGCAUCCCAUCUCCCCCACGACCUCAUGGUUGGUUGGUUCAACAAGACCACAUAAUGCGUUCACCCACACCACCUGAGCCACCAACUAACACAAUGGUAACUCCCCAGGGCUCACCAUCAGUGCAGACCCAUCUGGACAUCCACAUGGUGUCACCUGGGUCUGAGAGGCUGGGCCCCUCCCCAAAUUUGCCAACAGUACCACUGCCAUCCCUCAUGUCAGUGAUCCAAUCUCACAGAGAUGAUGACCCCAGAAAUAUGGCAACAACUUCUGCUGAAACUGCUACCCAUACCCUGCCAGGCCCCACAAAUGGACUUUAUCACCAUCCAUAUCUGGAAUCACUGGACCUGGCAGUGAAUGCAGAGUUCCACUUUCUGACAUGUCAGAUCUGUGAGGUUGCAUUGGCAACAGAAGAAGUCAGAAGCCAUCUAACCAGAGUACAUGGCAGGCCACAUGCCUACAAUGAUGGUCAGUUCCAGUUGGCUAUCAAAUCAUUGGCAACAGUGGCAGGACUGCCUGCCACCAUCACUGGACCUAGGUCACUGGUCCAUGGUCUGAAAGUCCACAAUGGCCUGGCAUGCAAUCACUGCCCUUUCUUGUCAAGGUCAGAGGAACGGUUGCGGAAACAUCACUCCAAAGACCACCCUACCAUUCCCAGGCCCAGAGCUUGGAGAGCCUGCCAGAUUCAACAUCUGAAGGAGUCAUCUGGAGACCUGCAAGUAUUUUGGGAGGUGGAAAAUGCAGGAGUGGACACUCAACAGACACUGCAAGAGGACCUAGUCAACUCUUUUCUCAAAGAACUUGAGCCCAUGCUAGAAGUGAUCCAAACACCACUGGAUGGUCGCAUGGUAAAUCCCUGGCUGUUGACAACAAGAUGGCAUGAGCAUGUUGCUGGCCAAAACAUCAGACAACUGUGCAGCCUGGUUUCCUUGCCCAAAGCCAAGGAUGGGGACAUUCCUGCAGAACUGAGGGAUGCUGUGGAUGCAUACUAUCAACAGGCCCUCUCUCUCCUAAAUUGCACAGAAGAGCUGGUCCUCCAAAGAUUGAACUCCCCUGACCCAACCAAAAGGACAUCCAUCCCUGGCAAGCUGGCACCCCCUCCUGAUGUUACUGGAUCGCCAUCCCUGGGGUAUGAGGAGGGGAUCAGGCCCUCCAGGACAACCAUUCCUGACAAGCUUUCAUGCUUGCUAAACUUUACAGGAUUAGCACCCCCAGGAUAA